AUGAACAACAACAAUUAUCUCAACUCACCAUCCCCUACUGACCAAUUUACCAAUCCUCUUCAAGCUAUUUAUGUUGGUAAUGGUACUACAGAUGAAAUUAUUAUUGGUGAUGACAACAAUACUAUCGAUGACGAACAACAAGAACUGACUGACAAAGACAAUAAUAAUAAUAAUAAUAAUACUGGUAUACCCAACUCACCUCCUAAACUCGAUGAUCAAGGCCAACCUAUCAAAAUACGAAAAAAACCUGGUAGAAAACCCAAUCCUGCUUCUCCUGCUUUACGUAAAGCUCAAAACCGUGCUGCCCAACGUGCCUUUCGUGAACGUAAAGAACGCCAUCUUCGAGAUUUGGAACUGACUAUUCGCUCACUUCGAGAUCAACGCAACAAUGCUGUCAAGGAAAUGCAUGGAAUGAAAAGUAAAUUGGAUGCUUUCAAGGCUGAAACAUGGUAUCUGAAAGGUGUUGUUCUCACUCUUCAAUUUGUCUGUUUACAUCACAAUAUUCACAUUCCAACACACUCACCUUAUCUGACAGAAGAAACACUCGCUGAAAUGGCAAAAACCGCUCCUCAUGCUAUUGAAGCUUAUGUGAAUGCUUAUACUCGGAACAACACCAAUUUAAAACCUACUAUGGCUUCUCAUAUCAGUAAUACAAGACAUGAACAGAAUAUGACAACGGAUGAUAUAGAUAGAGCAAAAUGGGCAAGAAAAUCGGAUUUUUUGGAUUCUCUACAACAACAAAAACAACAAUCAUCAAAAUCAGCACAAAACGAUACAUCAGCAUUAUAUAAAGAACGAUCGGAGGAAGAUAUCAGUAUGGCUCAAUGGUUACAACAACAAGGAAUUACAGAACAACAUAUUGGACAAAUGGCAGCAAUUGGAGAUGGACCACCAUCGUCAAAUCAACAACAACAAAGUGCGGAAGGUACUACUGAUAAACAAACACAACCAGAUCAGCAUGAGAAAGAACAAGUGCAGAACCUUACAGCUAUUCAACGUAUUCGACUUCAACUUCGUAUUCAAUCUGCAUUAUCAUCACAUAGUGGUAAUUCUGAACGAUUACAACCUACAAUUCUUCAAUUGGCUAUUCCUCAUGAUCCUCGUAUCGAUUUGAUCCCAACUCCUCAUAUGCGCGACCGAAUGAUUAUCUUUAGAGAUCAGAUCAAUUAUGAUGAAUGUUUCGACUUGUUAUUGAAUGGUACAAGGUAUCAUGGUGGUGAUCCAACUCAGUCUGAAAAUUGGGAAAUGGAUCCAUCCUUUAUACAAGAAUAUUGGUUCCUGAUGCUUGGUUAUGAUGUACAUAAAACGAACAAAUGGCGACGAUUAAAAGGAUUACCCGAGAUACCUUCUGGAUCUGGCACUGGAGAUGAACGAUGGUUGUCCAAUUUCCAAAGUCAACAUCCCUUCUUUGAUGUGCCUCGUGAAGAACCAUUACCACCUUUUAUUAACGAUGAAGCCUUAUCACCCUCAGCAUGGACAGAUGAAGUAUUCCGUCAAAUGGUUGAAAGUAUGCCUCCAUUACAACCAGUCAUCAACAACAAUUAUCCUCACAAUCCUAACGACAAUAAUGAUUCUAUGUCUGUUGAUCUAUAUCCCCAGUCACAUCAUCAGCAGUUAGCGCAGUUAUUACAACAACAGCAACAGCAACAUCAACAGCAGCUUCAGCAACAACAACAACAACAAGAACAAAACCUUUCUUCACCUCUCAACCAAGAUUCACAUCCUUUCUAUGCACAAUUGAUGGGUACGCCUCCGGAAGCAAGAAUGGAACGAAGAUCACCUAGUUUAGGUAAAGGAAUGAAUGAAGUACGUUUAUAUUAG